AUGACCACCCCUUACAAAGUCGUUCACACCAACGAAGCUCCCGGUGCCGUCGCACCUUACUCUCAGGCUGUAGUGCACAACGGUGUUGCCUACGUCAGCGGUUGUAUCCCUUUCACCACUGAGAUGAAGCUCGUAGAGGGUGGAAUUGAGGAGCAGACCGAACAGGCUAUGAACAACCUUUUUGCUGUUGUUAAGGCUGCUGGUUCUGAGCCUUCGCACAUUCUCAAGUGCACCAUCUUCAUGAAGGAUAUGAACAACUUUGCUAAGAUCAACGUGAGUCCCGAUCACCGCUUCUCACCUUACAAGCCUGCCCGAUCGGCUGUUGAAGUCGCACGUCUGCCCAAGGACGUUGGUGUCGAGAUCGAGUGCAUUGCUGCUGUCAAGUCUAAUCUCUAA